GGAUAUGGUCCUUGGACUGAGGAGUUUUUCUGUGUUGGGAGUGUUCCUGCCUGGAAUCUGUGUUGAUUUUUCCCCUUCAUUACUGACAGUGAUUUAGAAAUUAGAAGACUACUGCAAGCUGCCCUAAAUUCUAAGAGAUAAAAUAAUUAUACAGACAGAGGAAGUCGCUUUUAUUUAUCCUCCAUUCUAUUCCUUCUCCGGAUCUGAUUCAACAUUGUUCCUAAGAUUAACUGUCUGUCCUUCCUUCCCUUCCUUCCCUUCUUCCUCCCUCCCUUCCACCCUCCCUCUCUCCUUCCUUCUUUCCUUGCUUCCUUUCUUCCUCUCUUACUUCUUUUCUUCCUUCCUUCUUUCCUUCCUUCCACAUUGAUUCAAGCCAGAGUAAGACUGCCCUUUGUCUACUGUACAGUCUAAGGUUUUCUUUUCUUUCAUAACCAAGUAAUGGGGGAGAAGGGGAAGAGAACACAGAAAACGGGAGUGGUGCUAAGAACACCACGUUAAACCCCAGCUUCUCCCAGAGGUACAUCUAAAUAAAUCCUGGCUUAUUUCAUAGCUAUUUCUGUCAAGUUUCUAUUUUUGCUUUGUUAGCUAUUAAUUUAGACCUUUCAUUUCUCUUCAGCCCCACGUUUUUGAACAUGCUCCUUCCCCAUUCUACUACUUACCAUCCCCUGGUAUUAUAGAUUGUAAUAGAAUUUCAAGAAUGUUGUACAUUCAGUAGAAAACCAUGAAGGACUUGAUGGACGAAAAGGAGAAGGGUUAGGAGUGGUAAACAUGAGAGAAAGCUCUUGCUUCAGAGAAAUGAUAAAGAGUGCAACAAAAUUCUAAUUGCUUAAAGUAUACAGAGACCUUGGGAAUGUCAGAAGUCAUGGAAAUUCGGUUAGGUCACUAGAAGGCAGUUAAAAAAAAGAUAGCCUACUAAUCAGGAAGGGGGGAAUCUAUGUAUAAGACCUGCAGUGCCCAACUAGAAAUAUUAACUACAGAGCAUGUUCUGCUCUCAUGGUGAUUGAGCAAUGGAGAGAGCAGAUGAUGAAAUCUGGCAAGGUCUAGGUCUGAAUAAAGGUCAACAAUUACUUUCUAACCAAACUUUCCCCACUUGUAAUGGAAGAGCUUAAAAUCAAAAUAGGGAAAGUAAUUACUGAAGACUAUUUAAAAAGUGUAGGAGACUUUAAAUCAGUCACUCCAUCUACUUACGGAGUUUGUGGCUUUCAUUACAGAGUCAUCAGUUGGUAUUCCUCAGUACUUUUGGAGACCAUAGAAAAUUGCUGAGCUGUGACUCAAAUUUCCUUUUGGAAAAUAAUAGCAGAAACCCAUAUCCCCAUAAUUCAACAUUAACAAAUAUUAACCUUUUGUGUAUUUGCUUCAGAUGUUUUUUAAAUCAAAAUAAACAUUAUAGAUAAGGUUUUGAAGUACCGUUUUAAUCCUCCUCAGUUCCAUUCAUCCCUCUCCUCAGAGGUAACUACUAUAAUGAAUUUAAUGUCUUCCUUUCCGGUUCAUUUUUUAAAUACUUGUACACUUAUAUAUGCAGUCAAAAACAAUAUAUAAUAUUUUUUGUUUAUGCAGAUGGAAGUGUAUUACAUGCAUAUUUCUGCAGUUUGCAUUUAGAAGCCAUCUAUGUUGUUACAUAUAGCUCUGUUUCGUUUUUUAAAUUGCUAUUAGUUUAUCAUUUGCAUAUACUACAUUGUAUUUAUCCAUUCUUCUACUUGUGACAGCUGUGUUGCUUCCAGCCUUCCCCAUUACCAACAGUGAGAUUAUGAAUGUCUUUCCACAUGUCUUCUCAUGUGGGAAUGUUUUUAAGGGCAGGGUUUCUCAACCUCAGCACUACUGACAUCUCAGGUUGGAUAAUUCUUUAUUGUGGGGGGCUGUCCUAUGCACUGUAAAAUGUUUAUCAGCAUCCUUGGCCUCUACCUACUAGACGCCAAUAUCACCUCCCCAGUUAUGACAACCAAAAAUAUCUCCUGCCAAAUGAACCCUGAGAUGCAAAAUCACACACAGUUGAGAACCACUGCUCUAGGUGUACAUAUCCAGAAGUGGAACUGCCAGAUUAUUCUGAUUCAAGGAAUCAACAGUAGCCUUCCAUGAGGAACUGCCUCUCCCAUUUGCUGCUGGAGUUGACAUUGUAUCCUGCUGGCAGAAUCAGGGACAUGCCAGCACUAGCGAGAUGAGUGGGUGCUCCGGUGGGGAUGUGGUCAUUGCCGGCCAGUGAGGGCGAGAGCGCCACGGCCCACUUCUUCCUUGGAGCUGGAGAUGAGGGGCUGGGCACCCGUGGAAUAGGCAUGAGGACAGAACAGAGUGACAGCGAGCUCCUUGAAGAUGAGGAGGAUGAAGUGCCUCCUGAACCACAGAUCAUUGUUGGCAUCUGUGCCAUGACCAAGAAAUCUAAGUCCAAGCCAAUGACCCAAAUCUUAGAGCGACUCUGCCGAUUUGACUACCUGACUGUUAUCAUCCUGGGAGAAGACGUGAUCCUCAAUGAACCUGUAGAAAACUGGCCAUCCUGCCACUGCCUCAUCUCUUUCCACUCCAAAGGCUUUCCUCUGGACAAAGCUGUUGCUUACUCCAAGCUUCGAAACCCCUUUCUUAUCAAUGACCUGGCCAUGCAGUAUUACAUCCAGGAUAGGAGGGAGGUGUACCGGAUCCUGCAGGAAGAGGGUAUUGAUCUGCCUCGAUAUGCUGUGCUCACCCGUGAUCCUGCCCGACCUGAGGAGUGUAACCUGAUAGAAGGUGAAGACCAGGUAGAGGUAAAUGGAGCUGUCUUUCCCAAGCCCUUUGUGGAGAAGCCAGUGAGUGCAGAGGACCACAAUGUGUACAUCUACUACCCCAGCUCAGCUGGAGGAGGAAGCCAGCGCCUCUUCCGUAAGAUUGGCAGCCGAAGCAGCGUCUACUCUCCUGAAAGCAGUGUCCGAAAGACAGGGUCCUACAUCUAUGAGGAGUUCAUGCCAACAGAUGGCACAGAUGUCAAGGUGUAUACAGUGGGGCCAGAUUAUGCCCAUGCUGAAGCUAGAAAAUCUCCAGCUUUGGAUGGUAAAGUCGAACGAGACAGUGAAGGGAAAGAGAUUCGAUAUCCAGUCAUGCUGACCGCCAUGGAAAAGCUGGUGGCCAGGAAAGUCUGCGUUGCUUUUAAGCAAACAGUCUGUGGAUUUGACCUUCUUCGUGCCAAUGGUCACUCCUUUGUGUGUGAUGUCAAUGGCUUCAGUUUUGUCAAGAACUCAAUGAAAUACUAUGAUGACUGUGCCAAGAUUCUGGGGAACACUAUAAUGCGGGAGCUUGCUCCACAGUUUCAGAUCCCAUGGUCCAUCCCCACAGAGGCUGAGGACAUUCCCAUUGUCCCUACCACAUCUGGCACCAUGAUGGAACUUCGUUGUGUCAUUGCAAUUAUCCGUCAUGGGGAUCGCACCCCCAAGCAGAAGAUGAAGAUGGAAGUGACGCAUCCAAGGUUUUUUACCUUAUUUGAAAAACAUGGUGGCUAUAAGACAGGGAAAUUAAAACUAAAGCGACCCGAACAGCUGCAGGAGGUGCUGGACCUCACAAGGCUGCUGUUGGCUGAACUGGAGAAAGAGCCAGGGGGUGAGAUCGAGGAGAAGACUGGGAAACUUGAGCAGCUGAAGUCUGUGCUGGAGAUGUACGGUCACUUCUCAGGCAUCAAUCGGAAGGUACAACUGACUUAUUAUCCUCAUGGAGUAAAAGCUUCUAAUGAGGGACAAGAUCCACAGGGGGAGACUCUGACCCCUUCUCUAUUGCUGGUACUAAAGUGGGGUGGAGAACUGACUCCUGCUGGCCGUGUUCAGGCCGAAGAGCUGGGACGGGCUUUCCGCUGCAUGUAUCCUGGAGGACAAGGUGACUAUGCUGGCUUCCCUGGUUGUGGACUGCUUCGUCUCCAUAGCACUUUCCGCCAUGACCUCAAGAUCUAUGCCUCUGAUGAGGGCCGUGUCCAGAUGACUGCUGCUGCCUUUGCUAAGGGCCUGCUGGCUCUAGAAGGGGAGCUGACACCCAUCUUGGUACAAAUGGUGAAAAGUGCCAACAUGAAUGGGCUCCUGGACAGUGAUGGUGAUUCCUUGAGCAGCUGCCAGCACCGGGUGAAGGCUCGGCUGCACCAUAUUUUGCAGCAGAAUGCACCCUUUGGCUCUGAGGACUAUGAUCAGCUUGCUCCCACUGGAAGCACUUCUCUGCUUAACUCCAUGGCUAUCAUCCAGAAUCCUGUGAAGGUCUGUGAUCAGGUAUUUGCCCUGAUUGAAAACCUCACUCACCAGAUCCGGGAACGGAUGCAGGACCCCAAGUCUGUAGACCUGCAACUCUACCACAGUGAGACUCUAGAGCUAAUGCUGCAGCGUUGGAGCAAGCUGGAACGGGACUUUCGACAGAAGAGUGGGCGCUAUGACAUCAGUAAGAUCCCUGACAUCUAUGACUGUGUCAAGUAUGAUGUGCAGCACAAUGGGAGUCUGGGACUUCAAGGCACAGCAGAGUUGCUACGUCUCUCUAAGGCACUGGCUGAUGUGGUCAUUCCCCAGGAAUAUGGGAUCAGUCGGGAGGAGAAACUGGAAAUUGCUGUGGGCUUCUGUCUUCCACUGUUGCGGAAGAUACUACUUGACCUGCAGAGAACCCACGAGGAUGAGUCUGUCAACAAGCUGCAUCCCCUGUACUCCCGAGGAGUGCUCUCCCCAGGUCGCCAUGUUCGAACACGUCUCUAUUUCACCAGUGAGAGCCACGUUCACUCCCUGCUCAGUGUCUUCCGUUAUGGGGGACUUCUUGAUGAGACCCAGGAUGCACAAUGGCAACGGGCUUUGGCUUAUCUUAGUGCUAUCUCAGAACUCAACUACAUGACCCAGAUUGUCAUCAUGCUUUAUGAGGACAACACACAGGAUCCCUUAUCAGAGGAGCGGUUCCAUGUAGAGCUGCACUUCAGUCCUGGAGUGAAAGGUGUGGAGGAAGAAGGCAGUGCCCCAACAGGCUGUGGAUUCCGUCCAGCCUCUUCUGAGAAUGAGGAGAUGAAAACAGACCAAGGCAGCAUGGAGAACCUGUGCCCAGGGAAGGCAUCAGAUGAGCCAGACCGGGCAUUGCAAACUUCACCCCAGCCCUCUGAGGGCCCUGGCCUCCCAAGAAGAUCACCACUCAUUCGAAACCGGAAAGCCGGCUCCAUGGAGGUCAUGAACAUGCAGUGCACAGGGAGCCUGGACCUGAUCCCCUUGCGGGGACGGCGCCGCCGGAGGUCGGGAGACCUCCCCUGGCCUUCCCCAGCCAUCGUCCUACAGCCCCGGGCUGUGUCCACCACUCACCUGGCGUCCUGCACACAGGUGCUUUCUGAGACUUCAUCCUCAAGGCCUGGUGGCUACCGGCUCUUUUCAUCUUCACGGCCACCAACAGAGAUGAAGCAAAGUGGCCUAGGCUCACAGUGCACAGGGCUGUUCAGCACCACAGUGCUGGGUGGCUCCUCCAGUGCCCCGAAUCUUCAGGACUACGCCCGCAGCCAUGGCAAAAAGCUAUCACCUGCCAGUCUGAAGCACCGAGAUGAGCUCUUGUUUGUCCCGGCCGUAAAACGAUUUUCUGUGUCGUUUGCAAAGCAUCCGACUAACGAACUGCUGGAUGACCAGCACCCUGUGGUCCAGUUGCUGCGCAGUUUUUCCUCUGAUUGCCCGGGGGGCCGGCCAGUCUCCUUGGAUGCCACGCUGGCGCAUCAUCUGCACCAGUGCUCCUACCACCUGCGCCUCUUCCGGAACUGGCUGCGCUCAGGCCAGGAUGACCCCGAGUGCCUCUACGGAUUUGAAGGGUGUUCCAUGGUGCCUACCAUCUACCCCCUGGAAACACUGCAUAAUGCCCUUUCCCUGCGUCAAGUGAGUGCAUUCUUGAGUAGAGUCUGCCAGCGCCACACUGAUGCCCAGGCCCAGGCAUCUACAGCCCUGUUUGACUCUAUGCACAGCAUCCAAGCCUCAGAUAGCCCAUUUUCCCCACCCCGUACUCUUCAUUCACCUCCCCUGCAACUCCGGCAGCGCUCUGAGAAGCCCCCUUGGUACAGCAGUGGCCCUUCCAGCACUGUGUCCAGUGCUGGUCCUUCCUCCCCCACUGCAAUGGAUGGUAACACCCAUUUUGGCUUCAGUGAUCAAUCCUCCCUCAGUUCACAUGUGAUUGAAGAACGUCAAGGCAUUGGGCAGCCCCAGGAGACUACUGGGAAUGGAACACAAGAGCCCAUAAAAGGGGAGAAAGAACCUUUUGAAUCAAACCAGUCCCCACAGGAACCACCUUUGGAGACCAUCCAGUCAUGCCAGGAGGUUGCUGAGGAGAUCAGCCAGCCUUUCCAGGAGGUCCCUGGGAUUACCCAGCCGUACCAGGACAUCACUGAGGAAGUCAGCCAGCCAUGCUGGGAGAUCACCAAGGAGGUCAGCCAGUCAUGCCAUGAGGUCCCUGAGAUAGGCCAGCCAUGCCAGAAGGCCAGCCAGCUAUGCCAGAAAGUAUCUGAAGAAGUCUGCCAGCUUUGCCAAGACAAUCCUGAGGAGGUCAGCCAUCCAUACCAGUGGGUCCCUGAGGAGGUUGGCAGGUCGGUCCAUGGGUUGCCUAUGGGAGUUGGUGGCCCAGUCCAGGAAAUCCUUGUGGAAGUUGGCAGGCCAGCCCAAGAGGUCCCUGAGGAGCUCAACCAGCCAUGCCAGGAGUUCUCUCUGGAGGUUGGCAGGCUGGUCCAGGAGGCUUCUGCAAUCAAUCUGUUGUCUCAGGACAUUACUGGUGUUGAUAAACCAUCCCAAGAGUUCUCUGGGGAGGUUGAUCAGCAGUCUUGGGUGGGCUCUGAAGUGACUGACUGGCUGCCUGGAGAGGAGGUUCCCCAAGCCCAGUAUCCAUCUAGUGAUUCAAACUCUCAGAGCUGCCAGUCUCUGGCUCAUGACCAGCACUCACCCCUUCCACCAGCAACACGUGAUUAAUCACUUUCUCAUUAGUUGUGUCACACUCUAUCAGCAUUUGAGCCAGCAGCUUUUUCUGUCGGGUAACUCGCCUGCCAGUGUAAGGCCUUGGCUCUCACCAGAGGUAUCUGAGGAAGCAGCCCCUCCUCUUGGCUUGAAGCAUACCUGUGCCAGAGCUGGGCUUGGGGAGGAGCCAAUUUUGUGCUCAAAGCAGCCAUUGGCUCCCCACCUAGCCAUUAGACUUGAAUAGGAUUUCCCUGGAGUGGGUUGGUCUAUCAUUACCCAGCCUUUUCUGAGCAGCCCAGGAAAUCCCACAUUGUUAAAGGAUAUGCCACUUAACUGAAGACAUCAUCAGGGGACAGCAAAUACAAAAGGGAACUUCUAGGUAUCUACUUUUCUGGGAGAAAUAUUCACAACUUCUUAAGGUACCCUUAGACGAUAUGUGAAUUUAGGGGGAUCCUUCGUUUCCUAGUACUCUUCAAGUGGGCCCAGGAUAGUCAUCUUAAAUGUCUAGGAAAAAAGAGAUUCUCCUUCCCAAACAAAUAUCUGUCAUGGCCACUAAUCUCAAGACUGGACUUAUGAGUAUGUCCAUUAUCAACCCCAAGUGCCCCCUUUGCCCUAGUCCUGUUCCUGGGCAACAUUCUUCGGGAAAAAUAGAUAUAAGUUUGCUGUACGGGUUUCAGAGUAACUACUUAAAAUGCUAUAGGGGGUUCUUGGUCAAUCUGGAAAGCUGGACCUCCCUUUGUUGUGAGACUUUUUGAUGUAGGAGAUGCCGUAAUAGAAUCAGGUUCUAUUUUAAGCAAUCAGCAGAGAUCAAUAUUGUACAGAUAUGAGCAAAGAUUUUAUAUAUAUGUAUGUAUGUGUGUGUAUAUAUAAAUAUAUAUAUUUCUGCAAUAGUUGCCAGGGACAGACUGGCCAAAGACCAAACACUUCCAGGGUCCCCAAGAGAUUUGUCCUUAUAUCAUUUUGUCUUUAGGGUCAGGUAUGAUUAUGAAGCUUUUCCCAAAGAUCUGGGAAUUGGAAUGCAGGGUGGGGUUAGAAAGGGUAAUGCAGUUAUUGGAGUGGGGAGCCAGAACAUUAUGAGUGCUCAAUAAAUAUGAAAUAAUGAGAA